CUGAGCCAUCCACAAAGCAUUGUUUAGGCGCACAUAUUGUGUUCAACACUGUCGUGUGAAUCUGUCCUGUUCUACAUGCAGGUCAUGUAGAAUCAAAGAAAAGUGCUUCUCCAUACGGAUAUGCAGCCCAGAGAAGGAGGGGGGGAUGGACAGAAACCGCUAAAGAGGGAGAAAGAUGAAAUGAUGGAGCCUUCUACGUUCACCUGGACCAUGAGCGAUGAGUCACCAAUACUAAAGAGUCUAACAGAAAACUCCACAGAGGUGCCGUUGGCAUCUGGUGGCAGGGACAGCUAUGCGCUGCUGCUGGUCUUGUUGUGUGUCUUCGCCGGCGGGACGCUGCUUCUACUCGCCAUCCUGCUCAUCUUCUGCCACCGCUGCUGCCCACGGGGCCGCCGCUACUCCAGGGCCAGCGAUGACCUAGAGAAGACCAACACUACCUACGUGGAGGAGGCCCAACCCAGCCAAGACAUCACCAUCAGGCUGGAAGGUGUGGACGGCCUGUCAGCAGCGGGUUGCCAUGGAGACGUGGAGGCAGAGGGCUACCUGUCGGCGGUGGCCACAGGGCGGCGUGUGUCCUUCAACGAGCAGGCCAUCUACGAGCAGAGCAAGAAGAACCAGGAGAAAGGACGACGGUAUACACUGACUGAAGGGGACUUCCACCACCUGAAGCGCGCCCGCCUCACACACCUGCACAUCCCCCCUCCAGCACUCAACAUCCUCACCAUCAUGGAGUCUGAAACCAGCAUCCAGCAGCCCCUGGAGGAGGGUCUAAGCUGGUCUCCUCAGAGCUCUAGUGGUGGUCUCCCUGGCGACGCCCUCAACUCUGUUCUGGACACCAGCUUCACUGUCAGCCUCCCCAGUCUACCAGAGCCAGCCCACUCUAGAACAAUGGAGGUGACGGGGGAGAGAGGGUGGAUCAUGGGGGGCCAGCGGGCGGACGUAGACCCAGAGGUCACCAGGGCAUCGUCGGGGGCAACGGGUGCCACGGGGCAGGGCUUCACGAAGAUGUUCUUCACCAAACUGCGGAGACACACCAGCCUGGAGGGGGCGAGUCCCUACCUCCGCAUGAAGAGAUGGAGGAUAGACAAGAGUCAGAGGGCAGCCAGCCUGGACAUGAGAGGUUCUCCUAAGAGAAGGGCAUUUCAGAGGCAGCGUGCGGCUAGUGAGACUCUGGAUCAGGAGGAGGCGGAGUCUCGUGCUGUGGGUGGGGACUUGCUGCGCUCCCUAGCCCCGCCUCUUCUCCCUGACCCCGCCUCCCGUCCCAGACGCCUCUCUGCUGGGUCGCUCCCUCCACCAGCGCCGGGGAGGUUAGAGGUAGAGGUGGUGAUAGAGCUCAGCUCAGGUGCAGAGCUUGUGGUGACCCCUGACCUCCCUGUGACCCUGGCUGUGAUGUCACACCCCGUGGGGGAGGAGAAUGGGCUGGACGUGGGACUGGAGGACGAGGAGCCGGAGGACGAUGAGGAAGAGGAGGAGGAGGAAGGUGCGGUGGAGUGGGCGGAGGAGCCGGAGGCUGGGGGGGUCCGGGGGGGCUGCUGCGUAAGAGGGCGGAGGGGCUGGAGAGUGGGGGGGGGGGAGACGCUGGAGCCGACCCCGUACCGGGACAUCUGGAGCCUGCGCGCCUCCCUGGAGCAGUACGCCUCCUCCGACCUGAGCUCCAACGACCGCGACUCCACCCGCAGCGACGCCGACAGCCUCUCCUCGCUGGGGGGGGCCACGAAGGCGGGGGGCGCGGUGGGAGUGGGGGCGGGAGCAGGGGCGGGGGCGGGGGCGGCCGCCAUGAUGUUCCAGUCGCAGGACAUCGACGAGGAGCUUCCGUACGACGAGCCUCUGGUGACGGAGAUCAGGGAGGAGCAGGAGGAGGAGGAGGACGAUGAAGAGGAGGAACAGCGCCGAGAGAGGAGGAGGAGAGGAGGGGGGGACAGCGUGGACUCCGAGAGGGGGGGUAGCGACGGGGAGAUGGGGAGCAGGAAGCUUCUGCAGAUGGACAGCGGCUACGCCUCCAUGGACGCCCCGUGCCGCGCCCCCGAGGAGCUGCGGCUGUUUGGCAGCGGGGGUGGAGCGGGCAGCGGAGGAGGAGGAGGAGGAGGAGGAGGAGGAGGAGGGAAGACGGCCUCCGAGCGGCGGCGCUACUUCACCAGCGCGGGGCGCAAGGGCACCGUGUGUGAGGAGAGCUUUGAGGCGCGACUCCUGCAGGAAGAACCAGACGAGACGGAACUGGAGACGGAGAACCACGCGGAACCGGAAACGGAAAAGCUCUCGGUGGCGCCCGUCGUCAUUCCCAAAGAGCCCCGGCCCUCGCCCACCAAGUCCCCCCUGGCCCAGAAACCCGGCUGUUCCGUCGCCGUGACUACAGCAUCGACGAGCGCACGGAGGCGCUCUUCAACGAGUUCCUGCGUCACGACCCCCGCCUGGACCCCGGCCCCACCCGCGCUCGCGCUCCCGUCUGCACCUCCGCGCCCAGUGGCAGCGCACCAAGCAGCACAGCGACCCCGGCGGCUCCGUCUCCGCGGCGACCGCGCGCCUCUCGCCCUCGCUGGAGCGGCUCCGCUGGGGCCCGCUGAGGAGGGGCGAGAGCGCCGGGCACCCGCUGGACGCGUCCGCGCCCACCGCCGCACGCCACCACCUCAAUCACCACCACCACCACCACCUCCACCUCCACGGCCCGCUCCCGCGCAUCGCCAGCGCGGCGGACGAGGAGAACAGCGAGGGGGGAGAGGAGGGCACGGAGGAGCCGCGAGCGGCCGGAGGGAGCGUGGAGGCGAAGGAGGACAACUGCAGCAACAACAACAGCAGCAGCAGCAGCGUCCAAACCACAAGCACACAUUCCCAGCUGGGAGAGGAGAGCCGGGAGGAGAUAGGAGGUCUGCCCGAGUCGCUGGUGGCAGACAAGAUCGCUGCCAACCUGGAGGAGAGGCUGUACGGUGGCCUGCGAAGGACACACGGUGCCCAGGAGCAGACAGUGGUCGUUUCCCACACAACUCCAGAUGACACUGCUGAGUAGAGAUCCAGGCAGGGCUUAGAAACAGACUGAAUUAGGAUUCCACUUUGGAUUGGGCUAGUGCUGAUUUAGAGAUUAGGACUCGGGUUAGGGUGGACUGGUACACGCUGGACUGGUACCAUCAACCCUAACCCCAUUCUGCCAGUGUCUCCAGGAACCCUCACCCAGCACCCCCUCAGACCUGUGCAGUGGAACCGUCCGCAUGUGCUCCGCUGAUGGAGGCUGUGUUCAGAUACCGGUCCAGCUCUAACCUGCAUGUCUCCUCCCGAGCUGGCCCGAGUCUGGGCCGAGUCUGGGCCGAGUCUGGGCCGGGUCUGGCUCUCAGUCUAACCCACUCCUGCACACAGCUCCACACUGGAUCGUGAGGCCUACCCACGCCCUCGUCUGCCUCUGGACCCGCCGAGAUGAUCUCAGGUCAGCAGGAAGGCUCCGGGUCAGUGGGAGACACGUCACCCAUCGUCACCGGGACUGUGUGGGGGUCAGUCUCCUGUGUGUGCUGUUCCCUCGCUGGUCUCUCUGCGCUGAAGUCACUGUGACAUCAGGUGCUGUGGAGUGGCUAAGAGGAGUGAUCAAAUGCCCCAAAACCCACCCCUCCACCCCUAAACCCACCCCUCCACCCCUAACCCCACCCCAGAGAGCUGCCGGAUCUGGGCCGGGUCUGGGCCGGGUCCCACCCAGAGUCGCCUGCUCCCUUGCCUCUCACCUUUCUCCAUCAGCUUCCGAAAAGAGAAAAGGAAGAAAAAUAAACAAAACAAAAAUAAACAAAACAAAUGUAACACUGUACACUAUGUAGAAACGCUCACACAUCCCAUAUCAGAGAAUGAAGAGGUCAGGCUGUUCCCACCAGAUAUGUAACAUCUUGAGAUACAGAUGAGACGAAAGUGGAGAGGCACCAUCUUCAGGAACAAGGACAGGGGCACUGAGCUGGAGGUGUGGUGUUGGGGGGGGGUGUUGAUUGGGGGGUAUAUGGAGGGCAGGGGUAUAUGAUGGGGGGGGGUAUAUCAAAGCCCCCCGUGGCUAUCGCAGUCUAGAGUACCCCUUGCAGCAGGAGUGGGAUGUAGCUUAUUUCUCACAGAAGCAGGCAGUGGCAUGCCCCAUUCCUAGGUUACUCAUGGUUUAUGCAGUGGAGGCUGCUGGGAACCACAAAGCAUUAUGGGUACAGUGUUUGAGUCAUCUUCUAGAACUGUGGAGAAGUCUGAACAAUGACCCAUGUUGCCCGUGACUGUGACGGCUCAGCCAUGUUGCCCGUGACUGUGACGGCUCUGCUUCCCCUCACCUCUCUCCCUCCAUGAUCAACCUCUAUCUGUGGUGAAGAGUAGUUCCUUUACGCAUGUUCUGUGUGCGCAUAUCAACAUAGUUCCUAUGAGAAUGCAUCAUGUAGAUAUCAUGGAGAAGAAACAAAUAGAAUUGAAAACAUACUGCACUAUGGCGGAGGGAAGGAGAUGUUGCUUGCUCCCUUCAUUCCCAAAUGUUUGCCAUCCUGCGUAUAGACAACAUAUCAGACGGGGCUGUUUGCCAUCCUGCGUAUAGACAACAUAUCAGAGGGGUCUGUUUUCCAUCCUGCGUAUAGACAACAUAUCAGACGGGUCUGUUUUCCAUCCUGCGUAUAGACAACAUAUCAGACGGGUCUGUUUUCCAUCCUGCGUAUAGACAACAUAUCAGACGGGUCUGUUUGCCAUCCUGCGUAUAGACAACAUAUCAGAGGGGUCUGUAGGCGGCUCCGCAAGGACCCCGGGGGUCUCAGAAAGAGGCCUUUACACCAACAUCACAAUUACGUCUGGUUUGUGGGGACUUUUGAGUUUGUACAACCUACGGAGUUCAUAGCAUUGCAUUUAUUUAUUUGUUUAUUUAUUUAUACCGUUGUUUAUUGAUUAAUGUAUGUAACACUUACAAUAUGUUCUUUGUUUCGGGUUUGCUACACCACUAAUGUCAUUGGUUUUAAAAUAAAAAAAAGUUGAUUGAAACUCAAAGCAG